CGAAGGGGGUUGACCGGGCCUGCCCACAGCAAAUGUCUUCGGUGUGGACUUGUGUUGCUGUUAGAUAGUUUCAGACCCUUCCACAGCUGACUUCUCCUCUGGCUUCUUUGUUAGACGGACAGAAGGCUGAAACUCAAGAUGAGGGUUUGGAUCUUUUUCCUAAUCUGCCUUGCUGGCACGACCUUGGCUGCCCCAACUGAAGAGGAGCCAGUUGUGGAGGAGGAGACAUUUGUUGAGGGAGAGCCAAUUGUUGAAGAGGAGCCAGUUGUUGAAGAGGAGCCGGAAGUGGGAGCCAACCCGGUCCAGGUGGAGACAGGAGAAUUUGAUGAGGCCAUUGAGAUUGUGGAGGAUUUUAUUGCCGAGAACCCCUGCCUGAACCAUCACUGCAAGAAAGGCAAAGUGUGCGAGGUUGACGACAGCAACCAGCCAAUGUGUGUGUGCCAGGACCCUCUGACAUGCCCCGCCCCUGUGGGAGAAUUUGAGCAUAUCUGUGGAACUGACAACAAAACAUACGAGUCCUCUUGCCACUUCUUCGCCACCAAAUGCGCCCUGGAGGGCACCAAGAAGGGCCACAAGCUGCACCUGGACUACAUCGGACCCUGCAAACUCAUUGCCCCCUGCUUGAACAACGAGCUAAAUGAGUUUCCCCUGCGCAUGAGGGACUGGCUGAAGAACGUGCUGGUGGCCCUGUUUGAGCGUGAUGAGGAAAACAACCUGCUCACAGAGAAGCAGAAACUGAGAGUGAAGAAGAUCUAUGAGAAUGAGAAGAGACUGGAGGCUGGUGAGCACUCUCUGGACCUUCUGGCUCUGGACUUUGAGAAGAACUACAACAUGUACAUCUACCCUGUGCACUGGCAGUUUGGCCAGCUUGACCAGCACCCCAUUGACGGGUUCCUGUCCCACACUGAACUGGCCCCUCUGCGUGCCCCUCUCAUCCCUAUGGAGCACUGCACCACCAGCUUCUUUGAGCAUUGUGAUGCUGACAAGGACAAGUACAUCGCUCUUGAGGAAUGGGCCAACUGCUUUGGAAUCAAAGAGCAGGAUAUCGACAACGACCUUGUCAUCUAAAGCAUGUCUAAAAUCGUCACUUCCUAGUUACUAUUGGGACGAGGUGCUAACCCUUAAAUUAAAAUCAAAGUAAAGGUGCUAAUCGCGAUUGCUAACAACCUCCAUACUGUAUACCACUAAACAUUCAUAAUGUUUAAAGAGUGCACAACUCACACUGCCCGUUUUAAGUCUCAAGUUAGCUGAAGUUCACAAAACAGAUGUUGUACAGGCUGUAUUCAAGAGAGUUGAACUACAGUAUGAUGAACUAUGUACAUGUAUGUUGCCAGAUAAAUGUUUGUGUUCUGAAAAUGGAUCCACAAACGCAAAACUCAGAAUCAGGGCUUUAUUUUAAUGUAAGUUUGGAAUGGUGGAAAUGUACAAAAACAAAAUAAAGUUUCCAAAUAAAUGUC